GAUUGCAAAACAAGUUCCUUUAUGCGCCAUCAUAAUCAGAUUUUACUCUUUGUUUCAUAUCACUGAGACUUCUUUAGCUUGAUCUCCUUAUUUAUUCGUAUCAGGGAUUUUCAAUCUCUAAAUGGCGAAUUCGGCGUCUGGGAUGGCUGUGCAUGAUGAGUGCAAGCUGAAGUUCUUGGAGCUUAAAGCAAAGAGGAACUAUCGGUACAUCGUGUUCAAGAUCGAUGAGCAGAUUCAACAGGUGACUGUUGAGAAGGUCGGAGGCCCAGAACAAACCUAUAACGAUUUCACUAAUUCAUUGCCUGCAGAUCAAUGUCGCUAUGCUGUCUUUGAUUUUGAUUUCACCACUGAUGAGAACGUGCAAAAGAGCAAGAUUUUCUUCAUUGCCUGGGCGCCUGACACAUCAAAGGUGAGGAGUAAGAUGGUUUAUGCAAGCUCCAAGGACAGAUUCAAGAGGGAAUUGGAUGGCAUUCAGGUGGAGUUGCAAGUAACAGAUCCUAGUGAGAUGAGUAUGGAUAUCAUCAAAGGCCGUGCCAUCUGAGUCCCAGAGACCGAAAUAACCAUUGCUUUUCACUCCAGUUGUUUCACUUUGUUGUGUGUGGGCUUGAUUUGUGAGAAUUUUUGUCUACAAUAUUUGGUCGAUUUUAUUAUUUCCUAUUAGAUUUGUUGUCACUUAUUUUUUCAAUUGGAAUAAAGACAUUGAGUGCUUUUUUC